AUGGCUCCACGCGACUACAUCAGUAGCACCCCGUCGAAAGGAGUGCGCCCUAUGCUUAUUCUCGCUCUCAACGACUGGAUUAAGGCACCUCAAACCUCAGUGAAACACAUCAAAAAUUUAAUCCGCCUUCUCCAUGAUGCAUCUUUGCUCAUUGACGAUGUUCAGGACAAUUCCACAAUGCGACGCGGGAAGCCAGCAGCACACGUGAUAUUUGGCGCCCCUCAAGCCCUCAACACAGGGCUCUUCAUGUUUAGUCAAGCGGUGCGAGAAUGCCAAAAGCUGAAACAUCCUCGUGCCACUAAUAUUUUGAUUGAGAACCUCGAGUGCCUCUACCUGGGCCAGAGCUGGGAUCUGUAUUGGAAACACAACUUGACAUUCCCCUCGGAAGAUGACUACUUCACCAUGGUAGACAAUAAAACAGGCGGAAUGUUUCGAAUGCUUGUACAGCUUCUUCAAGUUGAAGGUUCUUUCGAAAGUUCAGCAGUGUCAGCACCUGAUCUUGAGCGUCUCAUUCUUCUGUUGGGCCGCUUCUUCCAGGUUCGGGAUGACUAUAUGAAUCUAUCGUCAGCGGAUUAUGCCGAGCAGAAGGGCUUCUGCGAGGAUCUAGAUGAGGGUAAAAUAUCCUACUUGAUUGUUCGUCUGUUAGCUCAUGCACCAGAGUAUAAAUCUCACAUUACUGGGAUUUUCCGUCAGUUGCCUCUUGGUUUAGGACAGGCAUCUGGGUUACCAUACGACAGCAAGAGGUAUAUUCUGGAUAUUCUCCAGAGCACAGGCACAUUUGCAGCAACUCUGCAGUAUCUUAAAGACUUGCAGGCAGCCAUUGAAAUCGAAAUUUCGAGGUUGGAGGGAGACUUAGGAGAACAAAACCCGAUGAUCCGUCUGAUUAUCGCGAAUUUGAGUGUCAAAGAACUUGUUAAAUAG